CGUUCUUUCUCGUUCUCUAAAUCUUUUACAAAGUUUCAAAACAGUUUAUUUGUCAUAUCCAAAUUCUCUCUUCUUCUUCUUCUUCUUCUUACCUUAUUAUUUCUCUCUCUAAAUUCUCUUCUCAGUUAGAGAGAGAAGCAAAAGAAUAGUAAUUUAUAAUGAUGUUUUCGUUGUCGGCGAUUUUGAUCGCCGGCGCCGUCAUUUUCCCCGUGGUUGUGGGUGAGUAUUUUCCGGCGACGUUGACGCUUGAGAGAGCUUUUCCGGCGAGCCACAGAGUGGAGGUGAGCGAGCUCGUGAGGAGGGACAGAGUCAGACAUGGAAGGAUUCUGCAAACUUCUUCAAAUGGAGUAGUCGAUUUUCUCGUUGAAGGGAUUUUCGAUCCCUUCGUUGUUGGGCUGUAUUAUACAAAAGUGCAAUUGGGUUCUCCUCCAAGAGAUUUCUAUGUGCAGAUUGAUACUGGAAGUGAUGUUUUGUGGGUCAGUUGUGGUUCCUGCAAUGGCUGUCCUCAGACUAGUGGACUCCAAAUUCCGCUCAAUUUCUUCGAUCCCGGGAGCUCGUUGACGUCGUCUUUGGUCUCGUGUUCAGAUAAGAGAUGUAGUCUUGGGAUUCAAUCAUCGGAUUCGGCUUGCUCCGCUGAGAGCAAUCAGUGUUCUUACACAUUCCAGUACGGAGAUGGCAGCGGAACAUCAGGCUACUACGUGUCUGAUUUUUUGCAUUUCGACUCGGUUCUUGGGAAUUCCUUGAUUCAAAAUUCUUCUGCUCGUAUUCUAUUUGGGUGUAGCACCUUGCAGACAGGGGACUUGACAAAGACGGAGAGAGCGGUUGACGGGAUAUUUGGCUUCGGGCAACAGGCAAUGUCUGUCAUCUCACAACUGGCUUCACAGGGGGUAGCUCCAAAAGCGUUCUCCCACUGCUUGAGAGGAGAUAAUGGUGGUGGAGGCAUAUUGGUCCUUGGCGAAAUUGUUGAGCCGAACAUAAUCUAUAGUCCACUUGUCCCACAACAGCCUCACUAUAAUUUGAAUCUGCAAAGCAUUUCUGUCAAUGGUCAAACUUUAUCCAUUGAUCCGGCAGUAUUUGCAACAUCAAGCAAUCGAGGAACCAUUAUUGAUUCUGGUACAACUUUGGCGUACCUUGCAGAAGAAGCUUAUGAGCCAUUCAUCAACGCUAUUAAUUCUGCAGUUUCACAAUCUGCACGCCCUGUUCUUUCCAAGGGAAACCAUUGUUACUUAAUCACUGUCAGUCCUACUGAUAUAUUUCCUCAAGUGAAUUUGAACUUUGCCGGUGGUGCAUCGAUGGUUUUGAGACCUCAGGAUUACCUUAUACAACAGAAUUCUAUUGGGAGCGCUGCAGUUUGGUGCAUUGGUUUUCAGAAAAUCUCGGGUCAGGGGAUAACAAUCUUAGGAGAUCUUGUCCUCAAGGACAAAAUUGUUGUUUAUGAUUUGUCUGGUGAUCGGAUAGGAUGGGUCAACUAUGAUUGUUCAAUGCCAGUUAAUGUCUCCACAACUUCUAGUAUGGGGAAAACCGAGUUCGUCAACGCAGGGCAACUUAGCGAUAGCAGUUCAUUUCGCAGCGAAGCGUACGACUCAUUACCUUUUUGCAUUCUAGCCUUCUUUGUGCGCAUAGCAAUUCUCAGAACCUUCCAGUUCUUGUAGCAUUCAGCGUAGAAAAGAGGAUAUGCUAGGGCCUAACAUUCUUUCUUCUCUUGUAUAUUACUACUGGUUUGCCAGUUUAUAUUUAUAGCUACUGGCAAGAUCACAAGUUGCUUAUUUUGAUCACAGCCAGCGAUUGUUUCAGUGUGCAAUAGGUUUUUUUUUAUUUUUUUUAAUUUUAAAUUUCCUCUUUUGGUCUGCUUUUAACACCCGCUUUGUAUUUGUUUUUAGUGAUCAGAAAAUAGAGUUAGAUAUUU